AUGUCGACACGAGAAGAGACGGUCACUGAUCAUAAACAGAGCAGUGUUGACGUCAUUUUCCGAUCAAAGUUACCGGACAUUCAUAUCCCUAACCAUCUCCCUCUCCAUGACUACAUCUUCCAAAACAUCUCUGAGUACGCCGCGAAGCCUUGCUUGAUCGACGGUCCCACCGGCGACGUUUACUCCUACGCCGACUUGCAUGCCACGUCACGCAAACUCUCCGCCGGUCUGCGCAAGCUCGGCGUGGGCCGUCACGACGUCGUGAUGCUCCUCCUCCCUAACUCCCCGGAGUUCGUCUUCACCUUCCUCGCCGCCUCCUUUCUCGGCGCAGUCACCACCGCCGCAAACCCUUUCUUCACCCCGGCGGAGAUCUCUAAACAGGCCAAAGCCUCCGCCGCGAAAGUCAUCGUCACGCAGUCCCGCUACGUUGACAAAGUCAGAGACCUUGGCGUCUUGAUCAUCUGCACAGACUCCUCCUCCUCCUCCCUCAUGCCCGAAGGCUGUCUCAGCUUCUCCGAGUUGACUCACUCCGGAGAAGAAGACCUCGACUCCCGAGUCAACUCGGUGGAGAUUUCCCCCGAAGACGUCGUGGCGCUGCCUUACUCUUCAGGCACGACGGGUCUCCCCAAAGGAGUGAUGCUAAGUCACAAGGGUCUCGUCACGAGCGUGGCGCAGCAAGUGGACGGAGAGAAUCCGAACCUCUACUUCAACAGAGAGGAUGUGAUUCUCUGCGUCUUGCCUAUGUUCCACAUCUACGCCCUAAACUCCAUCAUGCUGUGUAGUCUCAGAGUCGGUGCCACUAUUUUGAUCAUGCCCAAAUUCGAGACCACCCUCUUGCUAGAGCAGAUUCAGAGGUGUAAAGUCACGGUGGCUAUGGUCGUGCCACCGAUCGUUUUGGCAAUGGUGAAGUCGUCGGAGACGGAGAAGUACGACGUGAGCUCGGUGAGGAUGAUUAAGUCUGGUGCGGCUCCUCUUGGUAAGGAGCUUGAAGAUGCCAUUAGUGUUAAGUUUCCUAACGCUAGGCUUGGUCAGGGCUACGGAAUGACAGAAGCAGGUCCGGUGCUAGCAAUGUCACUAGGGUUCGCGAAAGUGCCGUUUCCGGUGAAAUCAGGAGCAUGCGGUACAGUCGUCAGAAACGCCGAGUUGAAGAUCAUUGAUCCAGACACUGGAGGUUCCCUUCCUAGGCACAAUCCCGGAGAGAUAUGCAUCCGCGGACACCAAAUCAUGAAAGGCUACCUCAAUGACCCGGUGGCCACCGCAGCAACCAUAGACAAAGAAGGUUGGCUUCACACUGGAGACAUUGGAUUUGUCGACGAUGACGACGAGCUUUUCAUCGUUGAUCGUUUGAAAGAGCUCAUCAAGUACAAGGGCUUCCAGGUUGCUCCGGCUGAGCUUGAGUCUCUCCUCAUCUCUCACUCGGACAUCAAUGAUGUUGCCGUCGUCGCCAUGAAAGAAGAAGAUGCUGGUGAAGUUCCUGUUGCAUUUGUGGUGAGAUCCGAAGAUUCAAAUAUAUCAGAAGAUGAAAUCAAGCAAUUUGUGUCAAAACAGGUUGUGUUUUACAAGAGAAUCAACAAAGUGUUCUUCACUGACUCCAUUCCUAAAGCUCCAUCCGGGAAGAUAUUGAGGAAAGAUCUAAGAGCAAGACUAACUAAUGGAUUAAGCGGGCUAAAAACACUGUCUUUCACAAAAAAAACAGAUCAAGAACCUCUUCAAGAAUUUAUCUUCCGGUCCAAACUUCCCGAUAUCUCCAUCCCAAGCCACCUUCCUCUCAUCGAUUACAUCUUCCAGAAAUUCUCCGGCGACUCCACCACCAAAUGUCUCAUAGAUGGUUCAACCGGUCGUAUCUUUACCUACGCCGAUGUACAAAUCACUUUAAAGCGCAUCGCUGCAGGAAUACACCGUCUCGGGAUCCGCCACGGUGACACUGUGAUGCUCCUUCUCCCAAACUCGCCGGAGUUUGCUCUGUCUUUCCUCGCCGUAGCUUACCUCGGAGCCAUAACGACCCCCGCGAAUCCCUUAUAUACCCAACCGGAGAUAGAAAAACAAGCAAAAGCCUCCGGCACGAAGAUGAUAAUUACCAAACCAUGUUACGUCGAUAAACUGAAAAACCUCCAAAACGUUUUGAUCGUCUGCGUUGACGACGAAGAUGACGACGUUUCGUUAGCUGACGGUUGCGUGAGUUUCACGAAACUGACUCAAGCGGACGAGACAGAGCUUCCUAAGCCGAAGAUCUCGCCGGAGGAUACGGUGUUGAUGCCGUACUCCUCCGGGACCACGGGACUUCCAAAGGGAGUUAUGAUCACUCACAAGGGAGUAGUUACGAGCACUGCUCAGAAAGUCGACGGAGAAAACCCUCAUCUCUACUUCACGGGAGAUGACGUCAUCAUAUGUUUUCUCCCGAUGUUUCACACUUACACGCACAACUCGCUGAUGCUUUCGGCGAUGAGGGCCGGUGCGGCGUUCUUGAUACUGCCUAGGUUCGAGUUGAAUAUGGUGAUGAAGAUGAUUCAGAAGUAUAAGGUCACGGUGGUUCCGAUGGCCCCGCCGGUGGUUUUAGCGUUCGUUAAUUCGGAGGAGACGGAGAGAUACGACCUGAGCUCGGUGAGGAUGAUGCUUUCAGGCUCGGGUGCAUUGAAGAAGGAACUUGAGGACGCCGUGCGUCUCAAGCUUCCCAGCGCCAUAUUUGGUCAGAGUUAUGGAAUGACUGAAAUGGGAACAGUGGCUAAGUCAUUGGCAUUUGCAAAAACACCAUUCAAAAUCAAGUCUGGUUCGUGUGGGACUGUGAUUAGGAACGCCGAGAUGAAAGUGGUCAAUAUCAAUACCGGAGUCUCCUUACCACGCAACAAGCCUGGCGAAAUAUGCAUCCGAGGCGAUCAACUCAUGAAGGGUUAUUUGAACGAUCCGGAGGCUACUGCACAAACCAUAGACAAAGACGGGUGGUUACACACUGGAGAUAUUGGGUUUGUGGAUGACGAUGAUGAGAUAUUCAUUGUUGAUCGUUUAAAAGAAAUGAUCAAAUUCAAAGGCUAUCAAGUGGCUCCAGCUGAGCUUGAAGCAUUACUUAUUUCUCAUCCUUACAUCGACGAUGUUGCUGUUGUCGCAAAGGAAGAUGAAGUAGCUGGUGAGAUUCCAGUAGCGUUUGUAGUUAGAUCGGAACGAUUUCAGCUAAAUGAAGAUGAUGUCACGAAUUAUGUCAACAAACAGUACGUCUUCCAAAAGUUCUCCGGCGACAGAGACUGUGGUUCUACCACCACAUGUCUCAUAGACGGUGCCACCGGUCGUGUCUUUACCUACGCCGAUGUACAAACCAAUUUACGGAGGAUUGCUGCCGGAAUCUACCGGCUCGGGAUCCGCCAUGGUGACACCGUGAUGCUCCUUCUCCCAAACUCGCCGGUGUUUGCUCUAUCUUUCCUCGCCGUAGUUUACCUCGGAGCCGUAUCGACCUCCGCGAAUCCGUUAUUUACACAAUCUGAGAUAGCAAAACAAGCAAAAGCCUCCGCCGCGAAGAUGAUCAUCACAAAACGAUGUUACGUCGACAAACUAACAAACCUUCAACAGCUUGGUGUUGUCAUCGUUUGUAUAGACGACGGAAAUGACGUCGUUUCUUUAGCUGACGGUUGCGUGAGUUUCACGGAAAUAACUCAAGCGGACGAGACAGAGCUUCCUAAACCGAAAAUCUCACCCGAGGAUACGGUGUCGAUUCCGUACUCCUCGGGGACCACGGGGCUUCCAAAGGGAGUGAUGAUUACUCACAAAGGAUUAGUUACGAGCAUUGCUCAGAAAGUCGACGGAGAAAACCCUAAUCUCAACUUCACAAGAGAUGACGUCAUCAUAUGUUUUCUCCCAAUGUUUCACACUUUCACCCACAGCUCGUUGAUGCUUUCAGCUAUGAGGACCGGCGCGGCGUUAUUGAUCUUACCGAGGUUCGAGUUGAGCAUGGUGAUGGAGAUGGUUCAGAAGUAUAAGGUCACGGUUGUUCCGGUGGCCCCACCGGUUGUUUUAGCCUUAGUUAAGUCGCAGGAGACGGAGAGAUACGACCUGAGCUCCGUGAGGAUGAUGCUUUCAGGCGCAGCUACGCUCAAGAAGGAGCUUGAAGACGCCGUGCGUCUCAAGUUUCCUAGUGCCAUAUUUGGUCAGAGUUAUGGAAUGACCGAGGCAGGAACAGUGGCUAAUUCUUUAGCAUUUGCAAAGAAUCCGUUUAAAACCAAAUCUGGUUCGUGUGGGACUGUGAUCAGAAAUGCUGAGAUGAAAGUGGUCGACACCAUUACCGGAGCCUCCUUACCACACAACAAAUCUGGUGAAAUCUGUGUCCGAGGCCAUCAACUGAUGAAAGGAUAUUUGAAUGAUCCGGUGGCUACUGCCAGAACCAUAGAUAAAGACGGGUGGUUACACACAGGAGAUAUUGGGUUUGUGGAUGAUGACGAUGAGAUAUUCAUUGUUGAUCGUCUGAAGGAACUUAUCAAAUUCAAAGGUUAUCAAGUGGCUCCAGCUGAGCUUGAAGCAUUGCUUAUUUCUCAUCCUUAUAUCGAAGAUGCUGCUGUUGUUACAAUGAAGGAUGAAAUAGCUGAUGAGAUUCCCAUAGCAUGUGUGGUUAGAUCAGAAGGAUCUCAGAUAACUGAAGAAGAUGUCAAGAAUUAUGUCAACAAACAGGUGGUUCGCUACAAGCGAAUCAAGAUGGUGUUUUUUGUAAAAGCUAUACCGAAAUCAGCCUCGGGAAAGCUUUUGAGAAAGGUUUUACGAGCUAAACUGUAGACGAGCAUCAAAAAUUAAGUGAAAGAGAGUUUCAUAUGUUUUGUAAGGUAUUUAUCAUCUCAUUUGAGUUUUGAGACAUCAAUUAUGUAAAGACAAGGGUUUCUACACGCAUCUAUCUAAAUCAAGACGAG